GAUGUCAACUGAGGUGUUAGCUGAAGAAGUAAACAGUUAUGAAGUGACGAUGUGUUUGCAUUUGAGUGACGAUAAGAUCGUGUUUGCAUCGUCAUUCGCCUUUGUACCUAUCGAGGGAGUCAGCUGA